AUGGGACAAGUCAAGCGACGCGAGUCACCAAAGAGCCAGAAGAUGCUUCGGCGCACCAGGCGAUAUAAAAUAAUGACUUGCCAGGAUUUAUCUGCUGCUGAUAUAUUCUCUCAACUUCAGAACCAAGUAACAGCCUUGAGUGGCUCACGAGCCGCCAACAGCACCGUCAAUGAAUGGAAUGUAGAACACUGCCUGCUAGCUACCCUCGGACAGCGGAACAGCCGCGCCAACCGCACAGCGGUAAACUCAGGCAGGCUUUGCGUCAACUUGACCUUCGCGCUGACUUUUGUCUCCGGCGAAGCUAGAGCAGACAACACAUACCUAGUUCCACCGUCUUGGCCAUUGCGCUUCAUGACAUAG